AUGCAAACCCUCAAUGAAGCUCUGCUGCACAACAAUCAUCCUGCUCCGCCACCACAGCCUGCCGGGCAUAGAGAUGUUGGACGCCUUGUAUCAGGCCAUAGACCACCGAUGUUUGCCGGUGAGGAAGACCCCGUCGUGCUCGAGGAGUGCGUACGAACCUUCGACAAGAUUUUCUCCGUCGUUGGGUGCCCCGAGGAACGUCGAGUGGAGUUAGCAUCGUUCUACUUCAGUCAUGAAGCUGACUUCUGGUGGGUGCACGAGGGACCCGCAUGCGUUGAGGAGCCCGACAUCGAUUGGACAGCUUUGAAGGACCGGAUGAGAGAGCGAUUCUACCCGGCACAUGUUCGAGCUACUAUGUAUGAGGAGUUUCUGCACCUCCAGCAGGGUUCAUCGACGGUGGUGGAGUACCACAAGAGGUUUCUGGAGCUCGCUCGUUACGCUAGGAUGUUUGUCCCCACCGAGCUCGCGAAAGUUGAGAAGUUCGUAGUCGGACUCAAUUACGAGACACGUAAGGCUUUGACUGUGAGCAAGCCGAGGACUUUGAAGGAGGCUUACUUGAGUGCUGCGGACUUAUAUCGGGUACAACAGUUGCAGCGAGGAUCGUAUGAGCUAGCUAGGAAGAGGAACGAAAGCAGUGGAUCUUCCAACUUCAAGAAGCCAAUACCGGACUUCCGAACCAAGACCGCACCUUCACCACCUCAAGGAUCAAACCGAGUAGGGUCCAGUGAUCAAGCUAAGAGGUUUGCAUGCAGAAAUUGUGGAAAGCAGCAUGUGGGAAAGGAUUGCCAAGGAAAUGCUUUGUGGUGCUUCAAGUGCGGAGAGAGAGGUCACAAGGCUGUCGUAUGCCCUCAGCAAGUUAAUCAAAGGGCGUUGCUGUAA